AUGUUUGCUUCUUACGAAAAUUUGCUAACAGAGAAUGCUGAAGAAACACAAUAUUUAGAUCUAGUACGUCAAGUAAUCGAGAAAGGCUUGCAAAAAACCGAUCGGACUGAUGUUGGUACUCGUUCAAUCUUUGGUCCGCAAAACAUGAAAUUCAAUUUACGAAACAAUCGACUGCCGCUGCUUACAACUAAACGUAUGUUUUGGAAGGGCAUUGUUGAGGAACUUAUAUGGAUGAUUGGUGGAAAGACUGAUUCAAAAUUGCUCGACAUUAAAGGUGUUAAAAUUUGGAAUGAUCAUGGAUCAAGAGCGUUUCUCGACAAGCAGGGUUUCACGCAACGUGACGAAGGUGAUCUCGGUCCUAUAUACGGUUUUCAGUGGCGGCAUUGGGGGGCUCCGUAUAUCAGCUGUUAUACGGAUUACACAAAUCAAGGUAUUGAUCAGCUCGCUCAACUCAUACACUUAAUAAAAACUGAACCGAAUUCGCGUCGUCUCAUUCUGUCUUCAUGGAAUGUAUCUCAGUUAUCUGAAAUGGUCUUACCACCGUGUCCUACUCUUUGCCACUUUAAUGUGUCACCCGAUAAGGAGCUCUCCUGUCUUAUGUUUCAACGUUCUUGUGAUUUGGGUCUUGGUGUUCCGUUUGACAUUGCCUCAUACUCACUUCUCACCCACAUAAUAGCCAGCGUGUGCCAUUUAACACCAGGUGAUUUCAUAUAUGCAAUGGGCGAUGUUCAUGUCUAUCUGAAUCAUAUAGAGCCACUAAAAGAACAAUUACAGAGAAAAGCUCAGCAUUUUCCAACACUAAUCAUUUCAAAAAAAUGUGACAACAUCGAUGAAUUUCAAGCCGAUGAUUUUAAAAUCGACGAAUACAGUCCUCAUGGUGCUGUUCAAAUGAAAAUGGCUAUAUAA